AUGGACGCGAGUCCCCAGAUGAGAGACACUUCUGCAGUCCCACGGCAGCGUUCAAGUCAUUCUUCAACGUCAGUAGAUCCAUUCUCGCCAUCUGCAGUCUUGAUGUCCAUGCAUCAACAUCACUCACACACCGGAGCUGCAAGGGGUUCAUAUUAUCCCUCUACAAACUCAAAUCCAUAUCCUGUGACGACAAGCAUGAGCAGCUAUACGUAUCCAGCGUACACUGCAACAUCCUCGGCUCAUGUUCCUUCACACAGUCACGGCCAGAAUCAGUACUCUAGUCACUCUGAGGCAGUGUAUCCCUAUUCUGACAAAGACUUGUUUCGGGGAUUGCGGGAACACAACAUCAGUACCAAGACAGCAUGGACUGUGAUGCCCGCUUCCGAAGGGACUCGAGUACUCGAUCUGUGCAAAUCACUUUCUGUAGCUGUUGAAGUGCCUUCACACGGAUCCGGGAGGUCAGGAUUAUCUCAUAGAGCGCCAUGUUACAAUCGAGAGACUCUAUAUGACGAGGAGUGGCAAGCACAUAUGCGAGAUGUUCAUGGCGUUUUCUUUCUCUGGCCGGAUACAUGGAUGCGCAGGAUUGAAGUCGUUGACCUUGAGCCUUAUGGAGGCGAUAUUGGAGGAAUCAAUAAUCUAAUGAUGGAAGGGUGA